UUGAACAAUAAUUAAUAGAUUAGUUAAGAAAAUGGACUCUCCAAAUAAUGAUGAGACACCUGAAAUCAAGCAUAUUGGUGCUGACGAGCUCAAUUUAGCAGAAGCAUGCCCAAAACUACAGUAUAUCAGGACUGGGCCAGGCCUUCCUCCAGGUAUCGGAGGAGGAGCAGCUCCAGCUACUGAAGAAUCUGGGUCAGGAGCUCCUGAGACUGGAGCAGUUGCUGAGACAGCUGCUAAGACAGAAGAAGAUCCCAGUUCAUAAUGCUAUGUGUAUCUAAAAUAUUUAGUAGAACUUGUCAAUCAAAUAGCAGUAAAUUAGGU